CUCCAAGUAGACCCUAUGUGGCUUUGUAUAAAGGUGGGGGAGCACUUCAGACUUGGGCUCCCCAGAUGGAGAGAUUAAGGCUGGGGCAAACGCCAGAACAUUUGUGUGUGAGGCUGGUCGCCAUGUUGCUCUUGAUGGUAGUUUUUCUCCCAAGUACAUUCUGUGACAUAGGAUCUAUAUAUUACUCGUCCUAUGAAACGGUCAUCCCCAAGAGACUGCCUGUGGAGAGGAGCGAAGACCCCGGAGGGACGGUGUCCUACAUGCUGUUGAUGCAGGGCCAGCAGCAGCGGCUUCUCCUAAAGGUAAAGGGAGACUACUCUGUGAAGAACUUCCCAGUCUACAGUUACCACAGGGGCAUCCUGGGGCAAGAAAUGCCUCUCCUCUCACGGGACUGUCACUAUGAAGGCUACAUGGAAGGGGUGCCAGGCUCUUUUGUAUCUGUCAACAUCUGUUCCGGCCUCAGGGGCAUCCUGAUUAAGGAGGAAACAUCCUACAGCAUCGAGCCUCUGCUCUCUUCCAAAGGGUUUGAACACAUUCUGUACACUGUGGCACAACAGCCUCACGCCUCCUGCAGCGUCACUCCCAAAGGCAGCUCAGGGGACACCAGCCAGGAACAAAGGAACAGGGAGCCCGAUGACCCGUGGAAGCUGUCUGACUUGAGGUCACACACCAAGUACGUGGAGAUGUUUAUCGUGGUCAACCACCAGCGUUUUCAGAUGUGGGGCAGCAGCGUCAACCAGACGGUCCGGGCGGUAGUGGACAUCAUUGCUCUGGCCAACAGCUUCACCAGGGGAUUAAACACAGAGGUGGUGCUGGUGGGCAUGGAGAUCUGGACAGAGGGGGACCUGAUAGAGACCCCGGUGGACCUGCAGGCUACCCUGAGGAACUUCAACCGCUGGAGACAGGAGAAGCUCGUGGACCGGCUCAGGCACGAUGUUGCACACUUGAUCGUCGGGCAUCACCCAGGAGAGAACGAGGGCCAGGCGUUUCUCGACGGUGCCUGUUCAGACGGGUUUGCAGCAGCUGUGGAGGCCUUCCACCAUGAAGAUGUCCUGCUGUUUGCGGCGCUGAUGGCCCAUGAGCUGGGGCACAACCUGGGUAUCAGGCACGACCACCCGGCCUGCGUCUGUGACCAUAAGCACUUCUGCCUCAUGCACGAGAAUAUCACCAAGGGCGGCAGCUUCAGCAACUGCAGCUCUGAUGACUUCUACCGUUUCCUCCAUGACCACAGAGGGGCCUGCCUGCUUGACAGGCCUUGGCACCAAAGCCGUAGUCGCAGAGCUACCAAAUGUGGAAACGGUGUGGUGGAGGAUUGGGAGGAGUGUGACUGUGGCAAUGACUGUGCCAAUAACAAGUGUUGUAAUGACAAAUGUAAACUUAAGGAGGGUGCAGAGUGUAGUAAUGAACCUUGCUGUUCUCGAUGUAAAUUUAAGAAGUUGGGACAGAUUUGUCGUCCUACUAAUGGAAUUUGUGACCUGGAAGAAUACUGUAAUGGGACCUCUGCAAUAUGUCCUGAGGACAGGAGAAUACAAGAUGGCUCUGUAUGCCAUGAAACUUACUUUUGUUUUGAGGGUCAGUGUUUGGACCCUAACUCUCAAUGUGCACGUGUUUUUGGAUACUCUGCACAGUCUGCCUCAGAUUCAUGCUACAGCUCUCUCAAUAGUAAAGGGGACCAGUUUGGAAACUGUGGCCUUUCUUCUACCACUCCAGGAACAUAUGUCAAAUGUUCAGAUAAAAAUGUGCUAUGUGGGAAACUUAUAUGUUCAGAUUUAGGCUUCUUACCACCAAUCAAACAAAAAGACAUACUGAUCCAGGUCCCUCAUAAAGAGGAUUGGUGCUGGAGUAUAGGUUCUUCUGAUAGCAGUACAAAGUUCCCUUAUAAAGGGUAUGUGAAGAACAACACUUCCUGUGGCCAAAAUAAAGCUUGUAAGAAUUUCCUUUGUGAAGAAGUUUUACCUGCACACUCCCCCGACACUCCCUGCAGUAAAUCUUGUAAUGGACAUGGGGUUUGCAAUGACUUAGGGAACUGCCAUUGUUCAUUUGGAUUUGCUCCCCCUGACUGCAUGAGACAGGGAAGUGGAGGCAGUGUGGACAGUGGUCCUCCCGGACAAUCAGAGGAAAAGCCUACAGAUCAGAGUGAAGAAAUUCAGGAGAUAAGUAAAGAUGACUUGGCACUUAACUUAAAACUGAUAGUUCUUGCUGCCAUUUUGAUACUCACAAUACUCCUUAUAAUCGUAUGCAUCGUGGUUACCUACAGUAAGACAGAGACUCCUUCUGAAGUAGGGCCUUCAGAGUUAAAGGCUGAGGAGGAAGCCCCACCAGAAGAGGCAGAGAAGGAGGAGGAGGAAGAAGAGGAGGAGGAAAAGGAGGAGGAGGAGGAAAAGGAGGAAGAAGCAGAAGGGGAAGAAGAAGAGGAAGAAGAAGAGGAAGAAGAAGCGGGAGAUGAAUAA